AUGUCAACUUGGACCGCACUUCCUGCCUUUAUUGGUAAAUAUAACUUUGGUCAAACAAUUGGAAAGGGAUCUUUCAGUCUUGUCAAGAUGGCAAUGAAUACAGAUACUCAUGAAAAGCUUGCAAUCAAGAUUAUUCCAAAAUCAAUGAUUAGUACUCCUGAAGAAAAACUCCGAUUUGAACGCGAAGUUAACGUAAUUAUCAAAAUGAAUCAUCCAGGUAUCAUUAAAAUACACGAUUUUAUCAUAGACGCAAAUUAUUUUUAUCUUGUCAUGGAUUAUUGCAGUGGUGGUACCUUACUUUCUCAAGUUGGCAUCAAUAAACUUACUGAAGAUGCAGCCAAACCACUCUUCAAACAGAUUUUAGAGACUGUCCACUACAUUCAUUCACAAGGUAUUGCUCAUCGUGAUUUGAAGCUCGAGAACAUCAUGCUUGAUGAAUUUGGUCAUAUUAAGAUCAUUGAUUUUGGAUUUUCAAGAUUUGUUGAGAAAGGCGAGAUGUUCAUGACACCAUGUGGUUCUCCAGCAUACGCACCUCCAGAAGUAAUUGAUGGAGAAAAGUAUGACGGCAAACUUGCAGAUCUCUGGUCCCUUGGCGUUAUUUUGUUCGCUCUUGUUACUGGCGAACUUCCAUGGAAAGGCACAAACCAAAUACAGAUUUAUAAUCAGAUCAGAAAUGCGCAAUUCGAUAUCCCACCGCAAGUCUCCAAAUUCGCGCAAGAUUUGAUAAACCAAUUACUCAGAAUUGACCCGACAACGAGAUUAACUACUACAGAAAUAUUAACACAUCCAUGGCUCGAUGGUAUUAUCGUUUCAUGGAAUGGUUCAAAUGGAGCUUUAGGUCCAAAUAUUUCUUUCAAUACUUUUCGUAAAAUCUUAGGCAGUGGCGAUAUUAGACAAGUACAGUCGCCAAGAUCACAGUUAGCUGCAUUAAGCAGACAUCAUAAUACUGUCAUCAACAAAAAUACAGGAUCUUUGUCUUUUGGAUGCCCUAAACCAUCCCCGAUUCUCACUCAUAUCGGAAGGAACUCAACAAUUGUUCCUGGACUUGGAGCUGCAAGUCGUUUGAAAGUUGUCAAAAUUCUUCCGACUUCACCACUCAGUGAUGAGUUCUGA